GUUUCUUCAAGUUGUUGUUUACUUGUCUCGAGAAGCACGGCGCGUUCAUAUCGGGUUAAACGUUACGGGUAUUGUUUUGAUGUCACUGGGAAAGGUGUUUGAAUAACCCUGGCAGCUGUUCAAUGCGACCCUUUUUAUACUCGACUUUAGCCAGAGUGGAGUCUCAUCAGCAAGUCAAACGUGCCUGCUGUUAAUCUCGUGCAUCACGAAGGAGCUGCUGCAUUGUUUACGUGGUCCAACAUGUCGAUGGUGCUGCGAUCCAGAAGGUCCAUCCACCCCAAUCAGGCGAUUGAGGUGGAGUUGCUGGAUGCGAUGCCGCCGGCAACUCGGAGGAGGUCGACCCGCCCGCGCGGGAGAGCUACGUACGAGGAUUUGGAUGAGUCAGACUCUGAGUCUGUGCGGGGCCAAGUGAUGGAGACGCUUCCUAGUGUCCCUGCUGACCUGGAGGAGGAAACUGCUGAGGAGGCUGGUGUAACGGAGCUGAAGUAUUGCAGAGUUGUGCUGGACCGCCUGCGGGUUGACGACAAGGCUGCAAGAAGAGAGCUCGAGGAGAAAGAAGACAUGAACCGCAAAGGCGGGAAACCCGUCUCACGGAUCCCCACUUUCCACAAACGGCCGGCCAUUGCAAGCCAGGCCCCGGAGCCGCCCGCUCCCAAGAAAGAUGCCCCUGUCCCCGGAGCUCAGCCUCCGGGGAGUGGGAGUGCGGAGGCCUCGAAAUCCAAGCCGUCCGACAUCAGAGAAACGGCACUCCCCCUCCCAACGGUCCGCGUCCCCAAUGUGGGCCUGGAAGCCCCCUCUCUGUUCGGCAGCACAGAACUAGCAGCAGCAGCCCAUAGUCCCCUGGUUACUGCACCCAAGAGCUGGAGUUUGUCCGAGUUUGCGCAAUACUCGUCAAUGACUGCGAGCCCCAGGCCUGCCCUCAGACCAGAGCAAGGGUCGGAGCAGCACGUACAAGAGCGAGACCAGCGCCACGCCUUUGAAACAGAAGCUGGUGCCGCACAGGAUGACCCAGAAAAGGAGUACGGUGUUGUGGUCAGAAGCAGGAUCACCCUCGCCACCUCUGGAGACAUGGUAAAGUCCGUGCCUGCGGACAUCCUUCACUCGACUGAGGUUAGCAAAGAGAAGGCUAUUAUGGACGAACAGCCGCCGUGGGAGACGGAGCCGAUGCACACGCUCGAAUUUAGGGAGUGCAGAUCCUCUUCAGACGUUGAAUGCGAGGACGAGUCUGCGGGUGAGGAGUCUGCGGGUGAGGAGUCUGCAGGUGAGGAGUCUGCGGGCCACGAUUCAGUGGAGGAGUAUCGCGAACCGCUCACAAUAAGCCAGCCCGAGGUUUCAGAUCUUGCCGACGUCGCCGACUCCACCUCUCCUGUAGCGCCAGAGAAGCCCGCCAGAGCUCAGUCAGCCAGGUCAACUAAGAGCUCUGGAUGCUCCAGUUUCGCCCUCUUCUGCUUCCUGCCCACCACCUUGCUGCUUCUAGGGGGGUUCGGCCAGCACGUUUGGCACUACGGCCUUCCCCUGUCCGUGGCUCAGCUCGCAGCUCAGCUGGAGCUGCACUGGCUGGAGGGCUUUGUACCAGAGCCUUGCAGCACCGAUUGUCGAGUGCAGCUGGUGGAGAGCAUCCCUGAGGGUCUCUACCAGUCUGCUCCCUCAUCCAGACGGAGCAUCGCAGACAGCUGGCUACGUCUGCUGGACAGGGCUAACAGCUCGGUGCAUAUCGCCGCUUUCUACUUCACUCUGCGGGGCGACGAGUUCGCGGGCUCCUCUGACUCUCAGGGGAGACUGGUCUUUGAGCAACUUAAACGGCUCAAAUCCAAAGGUGUGAAACUCCAGAUUGCCGUCAACGCCCCCCAGACCUCAAGUGAAGAUACGGCAGAACUGGCUGCAGCAGGUGCAGAAGUCAGAGAGGUAGACCUCAAGGCUGUCACUGGAGGCAUCGUCCACACCAAGCUAUGGGUGGUGGAUCAGAAGCACUUCUACCUGGGUAGUGCCAACAUGGACUGGCGCUCUCUGAGUCAGGUGAAGGAAGUGGGCCUGUCGGUGGAGGACUGCAGCUGCCUGGCUCAGGACGCCUCUCGGAUCUUUGGAGUGUACUGGAGCGUCGGCGGUGCGAGCAACGGCUCCCUGCCGCCGUACUGGCCGGCUCGUCUCUCCGCCCUGUCCAGCUCCCAGAAUCCCCUGCGCUUGAAGUUCAACGGAGUGCCUGCUCAAGUCUACCUGUCUAGCUCCCCUCCGCAGAUCUCUGCCCGCGGCCGCUCCGACGAUCUCUCCACCAUCCUGUCCGUCAUCGACGACGCCCAGAGAUUCGUUCACGUCUCUGUCAUGGACUACCUCCCUCUGUCUCAGUACACGGAGCCGCUCAGGUUCUGGCCGGCCAUCGACUCGGCCCUGCGUGCUGCGGCCUGCACCAGAGGCGUGCAGGUCCGCCUCCUGGUCAGCUGCUGGAAGCACUCUCCCGCCCCCAUGUUCCCCUUCCUGCAGUCCCUGCUGGUGCUCAACAGGCCUCAUUUGAAGUGUGACAUUGACGUGAAAAUAUUUAGAGUGCCUUCAACAGGGAAGCAGAUGAAGAUUCCCUUUGCUCGAGUCAAUCAUGCCAAGUACAUGGUCACAGACAGAGUGGUCUACAUAGGGACGUCCAACUGGUCGGAGAACUACUUCACCCAGACAGCCGGAGCGGGCUUGGUGGUGAACCAGACCGGCUCUGUGGUAGAACAGGGCCAAGAGACCCUGCAGAGCCAAGCGGAGGAGCUGUUCCUCAGAGACUGGUCGUCCAAGUACGCCAGCAGCCUGUCUCUGGACGACGUGGACAUCUGCCCCCGCGGCCCACACUGAGGGGUCCUUGCACAUUGCAUUGUAGAUGACCAUGCUGCUGCUGCCACUUGAACUUUAUUGGACUUCUGCACAAUCCGCUUGCUGUACCGUGUGAAUACACACACUUUAUUUUAUUGCGGUUUCCCAGCCAGCUGCCUGGUUUUUGUAUAUAAUUUUUGGUUGUUUUUUUUAUAUUUUGUUGCAAAACGUGUUAUUUUUAUACUCUCUAUGCUCGCUUUGUAUAAUUUAAUUUUAUGCCUGGAGCAUUCUGUAUAUUUUCCCUUUAAACAUGUCUGUGCCAAGCUUCACCAAUCUCACGCAGGAGAUAAAACAUUUCCAAAGAGGUUCAUACACCAGCGGCCAUGUUUGCACUGCUGAAGCAAUCUGUGUGUAGUGAAACCAUAUGAUAGGUCAGUCCAUAAUGCUUGUAAAUACUAUACAUGUUCCAUUCAUACCUGACCUGUCUGGCUCACAAAGAAACCCAAUUUAACAGUAAAUAGUGAGCAUGCUUUUUUUUUCUUUUGGAUUAGUGUUCUGUGUUUGGGAAGAAAACACACUUCUCUAUAAACUGACUGCAUUGAUGAUCAGGGAACAUGUCCGAUUCCUUCAUUACCAGGGUUAUGUUUGUUAUUAAUGGACCUGUUCCUUCAGUAACGGAGCAGUUUACUGGAUGUUUCAGUAGAAAUAAAACCUUCAUGGCUGCAAUGAAA